AUGGGCCAACUGCGUGGAAAAUGGCUGCAUUGGGCCGUAACAGCGGCAAGCUGCCAGGCCUUCCUUCUCCUGGGCUACGAUCAGGGAGUUAUGAGUGGACUGGUCGGAGCGGACAAUGAGUUUGGAAAACAAUUCGGUCACCCGAAUGAGAACAUGCAGGGCAUUCUAACAUCGAUCUAUGAUAUUGGCUGCGCGGUCGGCUGUCUUCUCGCCUUUGUCGUCGGCCAUCGGGUCGGUCGGAAGAAGAUGAUCAUGGCAGGAGGAGCCAUCAUGGUCAUUGGCACUAUCAUCCUCGGAUCGUCGUACGACAGGCCACAGUUUUUGGUUGGCAGAAUUGUGACUGGGUUCGGCAACGGUAUUAACAGCAGUACGGUUCCAACAUACCAGAGUGAAAUGGCGCGACCCGAACUUCGCGGUCGACUCCUCUCCGCACAGGGUACUGUGACCAUCGUGGGACUCUGCAUUGCAUACUGGCUGGACUAUGGGCUGAGCUUCGUCGACUCACCGGUGCAGUGGCGUUUCCCCAUCAGUUUUCAGGCAUUCUUUGCUGUCUGUCUGGUGCUACAAAUGAUCUCCCUUCCAGAUACCCCCCGUUGGCUGUGCGAACAAGAUCGAAGCGACGAAGCGGCGUCCGUCCUGGCGCGUCUUCAGCUUGAUCAGCCCGCAGAUGAAUCAACCCCCGAAGUCAUCCAGAUGCGUCGUCAGAUUGAAUCUGCUAUCGAGAUUGAGUCUGCCGGUGGACCGUUCAAGUACAGGGAGCUGCUUCAAGGUGGCAAGAUGCAGAACCUUCGCCGAAUGAUCCUUGCAGGCCUCGUGAACGUCCAACAGCAAUUCACAGGUUCCAACAUGAUUAACUACUAUGCCCCGAUCGUUUACCAGAAUGCCAUGAAGCUCUCUCGCAAUCUGUCCUUGAUCCUGGGAGGAUGCACGUCGCUGGCGUACCUGGUGGGAUCUAUUAUUCCUCUGUGGAGUAUGGAUCGCUUUGGUCGUCGAUCAUCCCUCAUGGUCUCGGCUGCUGGUCUCUGUGUGUGCUUUGUCUUAGCAGCGGUCCUGCUGUCGGUUGGUACCAAGCCAUACGCGUAUGCUGCAACCGUUUUUGUGUUCAUUUUCCAGCUCUCCUUGGGGUUUGGAUAUUUGCCUGUGCCAUGGUUUUACCCGAGUGAGAUCACGACAACCCGUAUUCGUGCUCGAGGCCAGGCCUUUGCAGGAUUUGUCAACUGGAUGUGUGUUUUCAUUGUUGUGCAAAUCACACCCACUGCAAUUCAUAACAUCGAGUGGAGGACGUUCAUCAUCUUUGCGUGCUUCUGUUUUGCUUGGAUCCCAAUGGUUUAUUUCUUCUUUCCCGAAACAAAGGGAUUGGAACUGGAAGACGUUGACUAUCUGUUCGAGAAGGGUGGCAUUACCGGAGGUGUCUUCAAGUCCCGCGGUCAUCCGGUCCACCCUGGCCACCACCGCACUGUGGACACUGACCGGAUCGAAAAGCCGACCGCAGUCGAGAUCGAAACAAUCCGUGGCGCUGACACUUACGUCUAA